AAUAUUUGUACUAUGUGUAAUUGUUUUCCUGUUAGAUUUAUUUUAUAACUUACUAAUUAGGUUGUUGUGUUUGAUGAUCUAAAAACUUGACAUUGUGAGUCUUAAGAGACAUUUUUGUGUUUGUAAUUGAAAAUGCAAUAUAUUGCAAAAGUUCUGAAUUUAGUGUUCGUUAAACCGAAUUAAAGCAGCCAGUUGGCGUAUGGCUAAUGGCUGGAGGCGCUUGGCGGCGCAGCGCAACCCGGGUGCGGACGUUGCGUGUACUGGUCCGGGAUACAAGCAAGGCGCUAGGCGAGGUCCAGGAUAACGUGCUGCCGCCGGAUGAGAAUUUACUGUCAAAAAUUGAAGAGAUCGGACGCCAGGCAUCCCGACCAACAGCGCUGGUCAUCUUCGGAAACUCCCCGUCCGCUAAAGCUCGUCUCUUGCAUUGCAUCCUCGGCAGGAGAUUGCUACCUGAUGCACUGCCGCGAGGAUGUAGAUGGCUACGCAUUCAGUAUGGCUCCAGCACGCAAACCCAGGUGACGCUAGGCACCUCCGAGUUUGAGCUGGUGGAAGAGCUGGAGUGCAACAAGCAGCCGUGGGAGACUCUGCCCGUACAGGACCUCAUCAGACAAGACCCAGCUGAUCUUACAACCAUUCUAGAAAUAGAACUCAACAACUCGUUCUUGAAGGAUGGCCUCAGGAUCAUCAUACCUCCAGAUAUAUCGCCAAGUUGCCAUGACAACGAAAUUUGUGUAAAUCUGAACAAACUUCACGCCGAUUUCUAUAGUAAACGAGAAUCUAUACUGAGGAAUUUCACUCCAGUGUAUUUAUACGCGUUGGAUAGAUACGGCGAUUGUGUUUUUAGUGAAAAUAUUGUGAAUAGUAGUUACUGGACCGCUGAUUGUGAUGGCAAAGAGGAUUACGUCAUCAGUGAUAAUGGGGUACCGGCCGUAUUUAAUGCAGAGAACUGCCUCGACCUGCGCCAGAUAAAGCACGUGAGCCCCAACGCGCAAGUUUUGUUCGUGCUGUUCGCAGACAGUGCGUGCGCGCACGCCACGGGCGGGCUCGAGCGCACUGAGGCUACGGAGUCGGCGAGGACAAACUGCAGCGAGGAACUGACCGAGUACGAGAGAGAUCUGAGACAGGAUGUGAGAAAGGCAAAGGAGUGUGUCGAACACAAUACCUCAACGGUGCGAGUCGAAGAGAAGAGAAUCGCGUUUAUGAACGAUCUUUUGGACCAGUGGGAAGUAUGUGCUAGUCCAGCUCAGAAGCACCAUGUUAAGUCGCAGUGGCUGAUUCUCGACGACGAUGAGAUCUCCAAGAGUAUGGACAAGGCAAAUUUGGACCUCGCCAGGAAGAAAAAGGACACGGCAGCUAGAACUGUGAGGAGCAGGAGUUUGCUACUGAACAACAUUCUGAAGUUCGCCACGGAGAGCUCUCAGAGCUAUCUACUGGACCACUCCAUCGCACUCAGUGAGAUCCACGUGGGGUUGGUGCAACAGUUGAUCCUGUCAUCAUUCGAGCUGGCGCGGGAGCUGCAGGUCUUACCCGUCAGGAUUCAGUACGUGGCCAACACUGAGCGGCAGCUGUACGAGACGAUCAAUGAAAAGUUCAUGGAGGGAGAAACGAAACAGGAACUGGUGCAGAUGAUGCAGGAUGUGCUACAGGAGAUGAAGCAGGAGAUCAGCCUUAUGGACUGGAGCGUUGACGAUCUGCCAUGUCACCAAGACAAGCGUUACCGAGUAUCAAACUCCAUAUUCUACUCGUCGUACACGCCCAGUGUGUCGCUCCAAAUGUCAGAGCUGAGCGCACGACACGACCACGACCCGGACGCGGCACGGAGCCCGUCCGACGGCGAGGAGGCGUUGUCGUACGACAGCUUCAACAUCGACGAGUACGACAUCAUAACCUCCAACGACUGUAGCUACAACGAGAGCUCCAUUGGAAGGAGUGAUGCGGAGGUCAUUCCUGUUGAGAGGGAGAGUGGAAUGCUGUCUCUGUCCAACCCGUGGAGAGCGACAGAGAGCAUGACGUGCAGCACCGCAUCGCUCGCGUUGUCAAGCAAGCGUGCAUCACUUGACGUUCAGACUACGGUGUUGUCCAGUCUGAGUCGAAAGAUAAGCUUGAAGUUAGCAAACUUCGUGGACAAUUUGAAGGACAGCUAUUUCGGAACAUUGGAGAGAUGUUUAGACAGCCUUGAGUCGUGCUGCCUAUCUGAGCUGGGUGGGCGUCCAGCGAGCGAGGCGAUGCGGCAACUGGUGUCUGUGGCCAGGCAGGUGGAUCUUCAACCCUACGCCUCCUUCUCCUUCCUGACCACGCUGCUCGACUCGAUCAGAAGACUGUUCCACCGAUUGCGUCUAUCAGGCAGCGAUGAAGAUGAAUGGUGCGAAGAGGAGCACGCCUGCUGUGUGUUGAGCCCAGCCUGGCGUCGUCGCACCGCUCUUCGUACUCUACACACGCUCACCGCUCGCCGGCUUGCUCGCGCCAUAUCCGCUCAGAUCAUCGAGCGUGUGAGUGCAGCGCAUGAGCGCUACCAGGCGGCGCUGUCGUCGCUAGAGACUGCGCUCACCAACCGUCUACAUCACACCGAGGACGUGAAGCUUACUAUCAGGAAGAAAUACGCGCCGCUGUUCGCCCGACUAUGUCUGGAGAGUACGUCAAUGUGUGAUCUGCUCAUGUACGGAAUGCCCGAGCUUGGCCGGGAGAUCGGUCGAGGGCAGUAUGGCGUGGUAUACUCCGUGCGCGGCUCAUGGGGUGGUCAUUCUCCGGCCGCGGUCAAGUCCGUGUUGCCCUCCGAUGACCGUUACUACAACGAGCUCGCCAUGGAGUUCUUCUAUACUAGGAGCAUACCGGAGCACCCUCGUAUCGUGCGACUACUCGGGUCGCUGGUGCAGCGCAGCGAUGGCGGAGUCCCAGGCGUGCUGCUCGUGUGCGCACGGUUCACCCGCGACCUGCACGCGGCCGUGCGCGCUGGACUCACGUUCGCCGUGCGCAUGCGCAUCGCCUGCCACAUCGUCGAGGGUAUCCGCUAUUUGCACUCGCUUGGACUGGUGCAUCGAGACAUCAAGCUGAAGAAUGUGUUGCUGGAUGCACAGGACAACGGUGCGUUAUCCGAUCUGGGUUUCUGCACGUCUGAGGCACUGGUGUCAGGCUCGCUGGUGGGUACGCCGGUACAUAUGGCACCAGAGCUGAUCGAAGGACGCUAUCAGAGCACCAUUGAUGUUUACGCCUUCGGGAUUCUGUUCUGGUACUUGUGCGCGGGUGACGUCACAAUUCCUGCCAACUUCGGGAACUUCCAGAACAAGGAGCAGCUUUGGCACAGAGUUAAGAAAGGUCGGCGUCCCGAGCGGCUGCCCCAGUUCUCUGACGAGUGCUGGGACAUAAUGCAGAGCUGCUGGCAUCCAGAACCUUCUGAGCGCGCGCUGCUCGGAGACGUACAGCGACGUCUGGAAGCAGUGCGGCUCACGGCCCUCGCUGAACAUGACGCCGUGUCACCGCGCUGGCACACCCACCACAGCGACCACGACGACCUGGAUAUGUCGAACGAUCUACACUGACACACCACUGCAAUUAAGAGUAUCAAUUGAAGAUUGGUACUGCGCUGCCCUUUUCCAACGUAUCCCGGCGAUCUUGAUCAGAUCGUCGGUUCAUCUUGCGGGGGGCCUACCAACUGCGUCUUCCUAUACGUGGUCAUCAUUCGAGGACUAUACUGCCCCACCGGCCAUGUAUCCGUUGAACUAUGUAUCCUACCCACUGCCACUUCAGUUUCGCAAUAAUUUGGGCUAUGGUUUUCCUACGGAUCUCCUCAUUUCUAAUUCGAUCUCGCAGAGAAACUCGGAGCAUAGCCCUCUCCAUUGCCCUCUGAGCGACCGUGACCUUUCUCAUCAGGCUUAUAGUUAUCGACUGGCAACACACACUGGCUGAACACCUUCGUCUUCAGACACUUCUUACAGUAUCAAGCCAUUAGUCCACCGAGCUAUGUGCCCUGCCCAAUGCCACUUCAGCUUCGCAACCACCUGGGCUGCGAAUGACGACAACGACGAUCGACUACUUUCCAAUAAAGUUGAAUUUCACAUGGCUUUUAUUGAUGUCGGUAUUACUAAAUUGUAACUCUGCGUUCUAAGAGAGUUAUCAGUGCUUUAGUGCUGAAAGAGAAUUACUGCAAAGAGAGAGAGGAAAAUGAAAAGAAGAAACAAGAUCGCAUCGUGAAGGAGAAAUUCCAUUUGUUGGUCGCUUGAUCACUUUGAACUGUGAAUAAAAUUAAUUUUGUUAUUAUGUUAGAUUGUGUGGCUUUAACUGACGCCGGUGUUAGUUAAUAGAAUCACGUCACAAACAAGAUGGCGUCGUAAAAUGAAUGUCAAGUUAUUAAUCUAAUUAUUCCUGACCGGAGCUCUGUCAAAUUAUCACUGUUAGGCACAAUAUGACACCCUUUAUCUAUUCCGUUACAUUAACUUAUCCUUUCUAGUUCAUUCGAUAUAACUAUACUAAUUAUAACUGGACUGGCAAGGCAUUUCUAAAAUUAAAAUGUCGAUAAGCCAGACUUUCUUACGUGCAAAUAAAAAUAUGUCAUUAUUUUCUUCUGAUUCCUAUGAUUUCGAAAGGUCGUAACAUCGAAAACGAAUAUUAUUUAGCAUCAGGUCCUACAGUCUGAUCAAUAAAUAUUAGCUUCUUGUUCCAUUAUAAUAUAUUAUAUUAAGCUUAGAUAGUUUAUACGUCUAGAUAGAGGUCCUUGCUGCUGGAUGAAAACAGGCCAGGCUUAAUACUUUAGUGUGCGUGACAAGCUACGUCUUAUACUCGAGGUUUGUGUUGGUGUGCGUGCAUUGCUU